AUGAACUAUGGACAAUGCUACAAUACGAAAAGUGACUUUGUCUGCUAUGGUACUGUUUAUGAGGAAGGAUGCGAAGAAGAAGAUUGUGCCUGUUGCAUUCCUGAUACUAGUGUCUGUGUUAUAUUAGACGCCUGUGAAUCUGACUCAGGCAGCUGUUUGAAAGCUGACGACUGGAGUUACUGCAGUGGGGAAAUUGACCCAGAUGCUUGUCUUGGUACAGACUGCGCCUGCUGUAAGGAAGAAGAGUUAUGCUCACAAACGAGCGUUUGCGAAGAUUACUACGGUUAUUGUUACAAGAAGGGUCACCACACAUGCAACGGAACGGUGUAUGAAGAAGGCUGCAGCCAUUCCAGCUGUGCUUGUUGUAUUACAGAUACAUCCAUAUGCAUCGAAAAGCCAGAAUGUGAAGACAGUGACGGGGUUUGUAUGAAGACUGGUGAAGAAAGCGAAUGCUUAGGGGUCAUUUAUUCUGACGGAUGCCUUGGUGAUGACUGCUUCUGUUGCAUAGAUUGUGUACCUGAUGACCAGUGUGCUGCAAACAACGGCCAAUGUUAUAACGUUUACAGUAGCUUCGAUUGUUAUGGCACUGUUUAUAGGGAAGGAUGUGAAGAACCUUCUUGUGCUUGCUGCAUUAAUGACACGUCUGCCUGCAUUAAAUUGCCUAAAUGCGGAGACUCAGGGGAGUGUCUGAAACGAGAACACUGGAACAGCUGUGAAGGAGAAAUUGAUCUGGAUGGGUGUCUUGGAGAUGACUGUGCCUGUUGCAAGAAAGGCUGUUCACCGACCAGCAUAUGUUCUGUAGUUAACGGUUAUUGCUACAGUAUGGAAACGGAUUACGUUUGUGAGGGUACAGUCUACAAAGAAGGAUGCAAUGGACGACACUGUGCUUGUUGUGUAACAGAUACUUCAGUAUGCAUUGAGAAACCUGAAUGCAAAAUGAAUAACGGUGAAUGUAUGAAAUCUGAUGAAUGCACAGGUGAAGUAGACCUGUCUGGAUGCCUUGGGGAAGACUGCAUCUGUUGCAAACAGGUUGGAGACUGUGUCAUACUACCUAAUUGCGAAGCUGACCAUGGGAAAUGCAUGCAACUGGAAGACUGGAGCAAAUGCUAUGGGGUAAUUGACUCCAAUGGAUGUAAAGGCGACGGUUGUGCUUGCUGCACAGAAGGCUCCUGCUCACCAUACAAGAGGUGUACUGAAAAUAAUGGCUACUGCUUCAGCAAGAAAAGUGACCACGUAUGCUGCGGUACUGUGUAUGACGAGGGAUGUUCAGGAUCAGAUUGUGCCUGUUGUAUUAAAGAAAUGUUAAAAAAUAACAAACUAACUGACUAG